UACAUGGGGUGCAUCGAGGUGCUGCGCUCCAUGAGGUCCCUCGACUUCAACACCCGGACACAGGUCACCAGAGAGGCCAUCAACAGACUGUACGAGGCAGUGCCGGGUGUGAAGGGCAUUUGGAAGAAGAAGGCUCCCAACAAAGCUCUGUUCUCCAUCCUGGGCAAGAGCAACCUGCGCUUUGCUGGCAUGAGCAUCGCUGUCAACAUCUCUGUCGAUGGGCUGAACCUCAUGAUCCCCACUACGCGCCAGAUCAUAGCCAACCACCACAUGCAGUCCAUCUCCUUCGCCUCCGGUGGGGACAUGGACACCACGGACUACGUCGCCUACGUUGCCAAGGACCCCAUCAACCAGAGAGCCUGUCACAUCCUGGAGUGCUGCGAGGGGCUGGCACAGAGUGUCAUCAGCACGGUGGGACAGGCCUUUGAGCUGCGCUUCAAGCAGUACCUGCACAGCCCCCCCAAGGUGGUGGUACCCCCAGACAGGACACUGGGUGCAGAGGAGUCAGCCUGGGGGGAGGACGAGGAGGCAGCUGAGCACGACUACUACAACAGCAUCCCAGGGAAGGAACCCCCCCUGGGGGGCCUGGUGGACUCCCGACUCCGUCACGGCACAGUCCUGAGCCACAUCCACACUCAGCCCUCCAGCUCUAGUGGGUUUGCAGCCAGGCAAGACCCAAACAGCCAGACGGGACCACCCUGGGACCUGGAGAGCCAGGGCCAGGCCUGCGAUGGGUACCUGCAGGCUGACAGCCAGGCCCUGGGGCCACGGGACUACGAGGAGCACAUGUACGUGAACACACAGAGCCUGGACACCUGGGAACCUCCUGAGGAGAGCCCCAAAAAGGACCUCUUCGACAUGA